CUAUUCAACAAAUCCCAGUGUUUUCUUCACGACGUUUCAACUUCACAUCUGCCAUUUUGUUGGAAAUUUUGGUAGGUCUUCUUCUCCGGCGAAACUCGAAGAUGCAGGAAAAAAUACAAGACAAACGCCCUCCGCUUAAAUCCCAUCCUCGUUUCAACAAUUACCCAUUUUGGAAAGACAAACUGAGGGAAAACUGUUACAAAAGGGUACGAGAGGAUCGAACCAGUUUGCUUUGGAAACUGAGGGUGCCUGCUGCUCAAGCAAUUAAUGACAAGGAGUUCAUUAAAUCUGCCUUUCAGGACAUAGUUUCUGAUGAACUGAAAAAAAUCAAGGAUUCAUCAGUAAGUGACCGUUUAGAUAUCCCAACUUCUGACCUCAAAUCUGAUGAUUUACUAUGGGAAUACAAUGGUCUUCAAGAUGCUUAUGAAGGUGAUUGUGAAGAGAUGUUGUUAGAAAUGCAAAGGAUUUUUUAUGAGGAUCUGCGAGCUGAAUCAACUAGAAAAGAACCAGAACGCCAGAUAGAUACAUGGGAAGAUCAAGAGGAUGAGUAUUUGGCUCGUGCAGUUUUUGAGCAUAUGCAAUUGAAUGAUGAGCAGGUGCCUAAGCAGAUUUGGUGUCCUGUAUGUAAGGAAGGAGCAUUGCAAGAGAAUGAUCAACAUAUUUAUUGCACUCUUUGCAAAUUUCAGCUUGACAGAGAUAAUGAGGUUAAUUUGGAUUUUUUGAGGGAUCGUCUAGCUGAAGCCCAUGCUGACCAUUUUGAACGGGGCUGCAGAGGGAAACCAAAGUUUUCACUAGAGUCUCAGUUCGGUUUAACUGCAUUGUAUAUCCGUUGCCAGGCCUGCAAUACCUUUGAGGUUGUCAUAUAGCUUGUCUUAUACUUUAGUAUAUUGGAAGUUGGAUGCUUAGCAUUGCAAAGGUUCCUUAACCUUGAUAAUAAAUCAAGGUUUUACUGUUCGCACUUACCAACUAAGCAAAAUGCAUUUGUUUUUUUGGUAGUAGCUUCAGUCUUCCCUGUCAAUGCUUCAAAUCAGGCUUCAAUGUUCUGCAUGCAUCUCAAAAAUUUUCUGAGCAAGAUGUCGUAAAUUUUGAUUUCUUACGCAUCACGGUGAAAUCUUGUUUUCAUUAGUGACAAACAUACGCCUUUCACCUCCCCUCCAAAAAAAAAAAAAAAGGAGAGAGAAGAACAGUUAUAUAAACUCAUGUAAAUUUC